AUUUAUUGAAAAGGAGAAAAAACUAAAAAAGAGAGAGAAGGGAUCGUCCAACGACGGCAACCGCUUUUACUCUUCCCCUGCCGCGUCCGGAAGAAGAAGAAAAAAAGAAAUUUCCCCCAAAUCGCGGAACCAAAAAAUCCCCAGUCCGGCCAGUCAGCCCGCUCGCUCACUCGUUUUGCUUCGAUCCGCCGAUUCGAUCUAUCUGCUCCGUCGCCGGAAACCGGGAAGGAUCUUCCGUGCUCGAGCACCGAGAGAACGGAGGCUGGGGAGUUUGCCGGCGGAGGGAAAUUGGAUAACGAUGGUGGUGGGAUGAGGUGGCGGAGGAGGAGAGCUGGGAGCUGGAGAUGGCGAGAGGAGUGAAAUGGGGAUGUUCGUACAAGAAGACGACUCUCAUCGUUUGCUCCGUCAACAUUGUCAUCGCUCUCUACGUUCUUCGCUCUCUCUACGGCUCACUGUACCUCUACUCCAACGAUGAUUUAGCUAACGCUGUGAAGUACACGCCAGAUGAGAUUAGUAAGAUGGAGGAGUCAAUUCGGAUUCGGAGAGCCAGUGAGCCGACGAAGCUUAAGAAAUUGGUGAAAAAACUGAAAUUUGAGUUUGGAGAACGAGACAUAGUGGAAUUGCCGGCGGGUGUCAAACACAAUCUAACGAAUGAGAUUCUCCAGAGAUUGAGAAGUUUGUCUGGUGAUGCCAGUAUCAACGAGCAGCGAGAAGCAGUUGAAAAAUGGCGCAAUGAGAAGCUACUAGAAGUCAAGCAGUCAAUUAAUCUUAAUAGAGGAGGGAAUUCAACUUUUGUUCAGGAAGAAGCUGGUAUCUCGCUCUCCUUGCAAGGCUGUUGUUUGUUCUAAGUGAAAAACAAAAACCUUACAAUUACCUGCAUGAAGUCUACAGGAUACAUGGGAAGUGUUCUUUGUUUUAGGGUCAUUUUGCUUACUCACUUACCUGCGUGUUCUGUAGGAUUGCUGGUAAAAGCCCUGGAAUCCGAUUGGGCAGUGCUCUCGGAGAACAUAGGCCUUUGGAUUCCUGCUGAAGUCACUAAUCCAGAGCAGGAUGAUAGACCAGAGGGUCAAGAGGAGCAAGAAGAAGAAACUUUGCCUGGUCCACCCGUUCCACAAGAAUGCCACGCCGAGCUCCAUACAGAUUAUGAUGGAGUGGCUGUCAGAUGGGGGCUUACCCAUCGUAAAGAAAGUGCUGCUGAUUGCUGUCAAGCAUGCUUGGACCAUGCAAAACGUGCCAAACCGGGUGAAUUGCAGUGCAACAUAUGGGUCUACUGCCCAGCUGAGAAUGGUUGCUACUCGCCUGAUAUUUACGAACACAAGAAUAUGGAGUGCUGGCUGAAAUACGCAGAGAAACCCAAACUGAACUUCAAGGACAGAUACUCCGAAGCGUACAGAAACUCCCACCCCAAUGCUCCAGUGGUCGUUCCCUGGGCUGCAGGGGUCGUCAGAUAGCAGUUCUUCAUCCCAAACCCAAUUGGGCGCAUCGCUUACCAUAGACAAAAUUCUUUGACAAAGGUGUGAAGCUGAGGCUCUAAAAUGAUGAACUUCAUAGCACUCUUUUUGUUCUAUUUUUCCCCCUCAGUCUUCCCUUUUCCUUUGAAAUCAUUUUUGGGCCUUUUCUAGUUUUUAUGGGGUGAAGAAAGAGAAGGGUGAUUUGCAGGUGGAUUAUCAGAAUCGAUUUUUCGCGCAGAUGACACGGGGUUGAUGUUACCACUAAGCUUCGGAAAAAGAUCGGAAACAUAACACGGGUAUAGACACGAACAGAGGAACCUUGUUUAUUCUACCAAAAAAAAAAAAGAGGAACCUUGUUUAUGAAUCAGAAGCAGAGUUUAGAUUGAGUUGUAAGUUGGGAAUUCGUCAGCACUGUAAUAUAGCUUUCUGUCCACUAUUUUUCUCCAGUGUCUCGUCAAUUAUAAAAGUACCCGAGAAUGGAACUCAAAAGUCAUCUCUGUUUUCCCAUUAGAAAGGAAUGAACAAAUAGUCGUUUUCUGGGGCAUUGUCUCUGUAGCAGAAUCUACCGGGAAACAAACAACAUUAU